UGAUUUCUAUAUAUAACCUCAAACUAUAGCACAAGCUUCCAAUUCAAUUCUUACCUUCUAUACUCCCCACACUUCCCACACCACCUUCUUUAGUUCUUUUCUCACAUACUAGCUAUUUCUUUCUUUAUCCUAAUUAAUUUAACCACAAUUUAUAUUACAAAUUUCACCAAAUUAUAUCACCCUUUUUUUACUAAUUAUCAAAUUUAUAUCACUUUUAAUUACAAAUUGACGUCAAAUUAAUCAUAAAUAUAUUCAUGUCUCAUAAGGGAGAGAAUGUUAUGGUUUCAAAUAUGAAGCUUGAGAAGAUGUUGUGCAUGAAAGGUGGCAAGGAUCAAACCAGCUAUGCCAAUAAUUCUCAAGCUCAGGCGCAACAUGCAAAAUCUAUGUUACACCUGCUAAAGGAGGCCCUAGACAGGGUGCAACUAGGACCACCAAGCAUGCCAUUUGUGGUGGUGGACCUUGGUUGUUCCUGUGGUUCCAACACCAUCUACAUCGUCGACGUGAUUGUCAACCACAUGGCGAAGCGGUACGAGGCCUCGGGAUACGAGCCACCCGAGUUCUCGGCCUUCUUUUCCGACCUUCCUUCCAAUGACUUCAACACCCUUUUCCAACUCCUACCUAACUACUACCCCUAUGAUGGGGAGGGUGGUGGUAGCAUGGAGGAGUGUUUGGCCGCUGACAAGCACCGUUCUUAUUUCGCUGCCGGUGUUCCCGGGACUUUUUACCGGCGGCUUUUUCCGGCGAGGUCCAUUGAUGUUUUUCACUCGGCAUUUUCCUUGCAUUGGCUAUCUCAGAUUCCAGAGAGUAUAUUAGACAAGAGAUCAAAGGCAUACAACAAAGGAAAAGUAUUUAUCCAUGGAGCAAAUGAGAUGAUAGCAAAUGCUUACAAAAAACAGUUCCAAACAGAUUUGGCUGGAUUUUUAAGGGCAAGGGCAGUGGAGAUGAAGGGAGGUGGGUCCAUGUUCCUUGUAUGUUUAGGAAGGACCUCAAUGGACCCCACAGACCAAGGUGGGGCUGGCCUUCUCUUUGGGACCCACUUUCAAGAUGCAUGGAAUGAACUUGUCCUUGAGGGCCUCAUAACAAGUGAAAAACGUGACAGUUUCAACAUUCCAGUGUAUGCACCAAGCAUACAAGACUUCAGAGAAGUAGUAGAAGCCAAUGGUUCAUUUGUCAUAAACAAGCUUGAAGUGUUUAGAGGUGGAAGCCCAUUGGUAGUGAGCCAACCAGAUGACACGACUGAGAUCGGUCAAGCGUUCGCCAACAGCUGCCGGAGUGUUUGUGGUGUCCUUGUCGACGCUCAUAUAGGCGAUAAGCUUGGCGACGAGCUCUUUCAAAGGGUGGAAAGCCGAGCUACAAUCCAUGCAACUGAACUGCUAGAAAAACUUCAGUUUUUCCACAUUGUUGCCUCCCUCUCCUUACGCUCAAACCAGAAAUCAGUUGCUACUUUGACAAAUAUCUAGCUAGCUCGGAAAAAAGGCGGUCGAGCGUCGGGAUUUUAGGAGGCUCUUUGCUGACUGAUUUAAGUCGAAAAUGAAUUGUAGGUUUUAUAACUAGAGUUGAUCUUGUGUAUUCUUUUAUGUUCUUUUGUUUUCCUUUUGCCUUUGUUUCUAGCCCUGUCUAUCUAUGUAGAAGUAUCUUAACCGAGUAAGAAAAAGAGUAUGUAGAUUCAUGUCAA